AAAACAUCAAAACAAUUGUUAAAAACGGAUAAAAGACUCACUAAUUGUCACUCAUUUUCAUCCAUCGUCUUCACAGCCAUUGUCUUCGCCGGGCAUCUGAUCCACCGAAGAGAUGGCCGCCAAAGAGAGUAAAACUGAUAAGAUAUUGGAGUACGUCAUCAAAGAGAUAAUGUCGGCCACAGACGAGCGGAAGCGCGAGAAGUUCAUACUCGACAACAAGAAGACAAUCGCACCGAUGAUCCGACUAUUGGCCCAAACGGUGACGAGCGGUGGCGACCCGUCCACCGGUCAACUGGCGCUCAAUUGUCUCCUAUUGAUCAGCUGUGCGGCCACUGAACGCCAAUUGGACGCCGCGCUCACCGACGCC